GACCAGCCGGGCAGGUACAACAACACGGGCUGCUACUCCGCAGCCUUGGCGCAGCUGAAGGCGAGGACGACGCCCACGAACGACGCCGGGUGCAAGGCCGCGAAGGGCAUCAACACGGGCCUGCCCAUCGUCUACGACUCCAGUUGCCUCGGCCUGUGCUGCUUCGAGGACCAGUCGUGCAGGUACAACAACACGGGCUGCUACUCCGCAGCCUUGGCGCAGCAGAAGGUGAGGACGACGCCCACGAGCGACGCCGAGUGCAAGGCCGUGAAGGGCAUCAACACGGGCCUGCCCAUCGUCUACGACUCCAGUUGCCUCGGCCUGUGCUGGUUCGAGGACCAGUCGUGCAGGUACAACAACACGGGUUGCUUUUCCGCAGCCUUGGUGCAGCAGAAGGUGAGGACGACGCCCACGAACGACGCCGCGUGCAAGACCGUGAAGGGCAUCAACACGGGCCUGCCCAUCCUCUACGACUCCAGUCGCCCCGGGUUGUGCUGCUUAGAGGACCAGCCGUGCAGGUACAACAACACGGGCUGCCACUGCGGGGAGAGUUGUUGUGUACUACGGGUGGCCAAGAUUUGCUGCCACACUAGAAGCGUAUGGUGA